GUUCACGGUGAGGCCAAUCGCUUCCUCUCACUAUGCAAGUACACGAAACUCUUACUCCGGCGGUCAUCGCCGCCGUGGUCCUGUCAUCAGUCUUCCUCUACCUACUCUUCAAAAAAAAGCAAAACCACCGUCUUCCGCCGAGCCCUCCUUCUCUACCAAUCAUCGGCCACCUUCACCACCUGGGUCCACUCAUCCACCAAUCCUUCCACCACCUCUCCACCCGCUACGGCCCUCUAAUCCACCUCCGUCUCGGCUCCGUCCCUUGCAUCGUCGCCUCCACUCCCGAUCUCGCUCGAGACUUCCUCAAAACCAACGAACUCGCCUUCUCUUCACGUAAACACUCGUUAGCCAUUGAUCACAUCACUUACGGCGUCGCCUUUGCCUUCGCACCUUACGGUCCCUACUGGAAAUUCAUCAAGAAAAUGUCGACAGUCGAGCUUCUGGGCAAUCAGAAUCUGGGUCAUUUCCUCCCCAUUCGAACCCAUGAGAUUCAGGAGCUUUUACAGACAUUAACGGAGAAAGCCAAGAGAAGGGAGAGUGUCAAUUUGACAGAAGAGUUACUGAAGCUAACGAACAAUGUGAUAUGCCAGAUGAUGAUGAGCAUUCGAUGUUCUGGGACCAACAGUGAGGCUGAUGAAGCCAAGAAUCUUGUUCGAGAGGUGACGCAGAUAUUUGGGGAGUUUAAUGUUUCGGAUUUCAUAUGGUUUUGCAAGAACAUCGAUCUGCAAGGUUUUAAGAAGAGGUAUACAGAUACACAUAAAAGAUAUGAUGCUUUGCUGGAGAAGAUCAUAUUUGAGAGGGAAGAGAAGAGAAGAAAAGAAGGGAAGAGAGAAGAUGGUAAAGGCAAAGAUUUUCUUGAUAUGUUGCUUGAUGUUUUGGAGGAUGCCAAAGCUGAGAUUAAGAUCACCAGAGACCACGUCAAAGCCUUGAUUUUGGACUUUUUUACGGCUGCAACGGAUACAACAGCAAUAGCCUUAGAAUGGAUGCUAGUCGAACUUAUUAGUAACCCUAAGGUGCUCGAAAUCGCGAGAGAAGAGAUUGAUCAGGUUGUCGGAAACGAGAGGCUAGUUCAAGAAUCAGAUGCUCCCAACCUCCCUUACAUCCAAGCAAUCAUAAAAGAAGCCUUACGACUUCAUCCGCCAAUCCCGAUGUUGAUUCGCAAAUCGAUUGAAGACGUCAGCGUUCAAGGAUACGACAUUCCCGCCGGCACCAUGUUGUUUGUCAACAUUUGGUCAAUCGGAAGAAACCCUAAAUACUGGGAAUCCCCAUUGGAGUUCAAACCUCACCGUUUUUUAGAAGACGAUCCCGUUAAAAAGUCCUUAGACAUCAAGGGCCAAAGUUUUCAACUUUUGCCGUUUGGAACCGGAAGAAGAGGGUGCCCGGGUAUUAAUUUGGCGAUGAGAGAACUCCCGGUUGUGAUUGCUGGCCUCAUACAAUGCUUCGAAUGGAAUGUUAACGGAAAACAAGUAUUGGAUAUGGAUGAACGGGCUGGAUUGACCGCUCCAAGGGCAGCGGAUUUUGUCUGUGUUCCAUCGGUACGAGAAAACUCUCCGAUGAUAUUUACGUCAACCUAAGUUUGUUCGACCUUGUUCCAUUUCAUAACGGUGUCGAGUCGGUAGCAAUUCCUUCAAAUUCAUGUACUUGGAUCUUAGUAACCGUGACUUGUUAUUUGCUAUUGCUGGCAGCCUAAGUAAAACCAAGUGUUGCUAUGGGUGGUGAUGGCAGUGCCACGAAGAGUCGAGUCUUUGUGGUGCAUGUCGUAACGUAGCGUUUGUGGUCACUGAACCAAAGUGUCGGUUGUCGUC